AUGUCGAUGCCGCACGGCUUAGUGGUGCGCAGAGAUUGGUUGCCACGCCUGCUGGCCGGAGAGGUUGCGUAUGUAGUCAAAGCUUCAAAGACUAUGCGAAGAGGAACGGUUUACUUGGUGGAAAGUGGCACUGGUCGAGUGGCCGCGGCAGCUACACUUACCGACGUACGGCAAUUCAACAGCGCGGAGAAGGCCAGCCCAAUUCUGCGAGAGGAGUGUGGUGAGCCUGCCUUGCACUUCGCUUAUGGAUGGUUUUUCUCUGAUAUCAAAGAAGACUCAGACGUCACGCCUGUGCCGUCUGCUGCUCGCAGCGGUCGCACGACGUGGCUGUCCCCGGAGAUCAUGGCUGGGCAAGUCCCAGCCCCCAAGCAACGUUCCACUGCUUCCAGGGGCGCUUGGCCGAAGAGAUUUCCCCGAAAGCCCAGAAGCGACAAAAGGACAGGCGAGCUGCAGCCAAAGCUCAAGCUCAGAAAGGUGCCCAGAGCUUCAGGCAAGAAAAAGAGAGGAAGGACUUGCAGGCUGCCAGCCAAUCACCCUGCUGCAGCCGUGCUCGGAGAUGGCACCCGCGGUGGGGAACAAAGCCUAGCCUUUCGUUUAGCCGCCGGACGCACUUCCCGCCGGCUCUUGCAUCUAUCACAAAUGCAUUUGUUCCACCAACCAACCAGUGUGGAUGAGCCCAUCAAACCAGCAAGCGGUUUAGCAGCAUAUCGGGACGAACAAUUAGUGUACAUCCUCAGCACUUACAAUGCCAGAGGCAAGCCCAUGAGUGAUGUUUUACCGCUCCAUGCGACUACCAGUGGACAACAUACAGCUUUAAGACGGCAGGUUCUAACUUGCCCGCAGACAGAGCUGCAGCUGGUUGGAUGCAAGGUUUUGACACUAAGGAAGAAGAAUGCACGGCGAGGGCGUCUGCAGUUUGACGUCAUGGAUGCUGUCACGGAGGUCACUAAGGAGCUGGCCUUUGCUUCGGAUGUGGAGGCAGUGCAGCGGACACCAUUUGCAGCUUCACCCGCGGACUUGUUUUCUACAAAGACAGCAUCAGGAAGCUGUAGCGCGGCUCCCCAAGGGACAGCAGACCAGUCUAGUUCUGAAAAGAUGACCUUCCGCAUUUGCCCGGCCGCAGCGGAGGCACACUCCAGGGAGACCCAGCAUGAGGUCGUAGGCCAGGGGAGAGACGGAGCUUGCAAAUACAUUCUGGAUCUACCACUGCCGCAGAACUUGGACGUGCGACCUUUUCGCUGUCGCACUUGCCUCAAGAACUUCAGCGUUCAAAUGUCCGACAUCAGGCGACAUUUCCCAGACGUGCUGAUCUCCCACCAAAAAAAAAGUCGCAAGGUCAUGUUCUCUCCUCGCUUCUUGUUGUUGAUCCUGGGGAAGUUUUCCGAAACCUUCAAUGCAAAUGCAGUCAAGAGAUUUGUGCUCGAUUUGUACUUAGCCAAUUCCAUCUACAUCAACCGAGCUGACAAGGCGCUCUAUGCAGUGGAAUCAUUGCCCCGCAAAUUUGCCUUGCGCAGUAUCCUGCGAGAUGCCCUUUUGUCCUAUUUGCCUGCUUUGGUUCGCCAUGUGGAAAAACACGUGCAUGUUUACAGUGGAUCAGCCAUUCGAGGUGACGGGCAUUUCAAGCUUGCAUCGCGCAUCUUGCCCAAAGAGAGAAUCAACGUGGUCUAUGGUUGGAUAGGCAUUGACGGUGCUUUGCUCCGCCCACCAGCAGCAAUGGCAGGAGAGACGUGGCCAGACAUCAGGCCACACUUGGAAGAGUUGGUGGUUGACAUCAUCAGCCAUCGGAAGGAAGCGGGUCUGCCGGGGAAGGCUUGCUGCCCUGCAUUCCACGCCACCGAUUCCUAUGGCAAGCAUCGCUUGAAAUUAAGAAGUCUCUACAGCCGCUUGCUACCUGUUAGCCUCCGACCUGUUUCAAAUACGCCAAAAGGACCCGCACAGUCCGUUGAAGCUGACGCGGAAGCAUGUCCAACGCUGAUCACGGGCGACCCAGCUCACGAUUGCUUUGCCCUGCGGCGCAUCGUCUCCAUCAAAUCUGCUGAUGCUGGGUCUUUCCUCUCUGCUCACAGGGACUUGAUGGAGCGGCUAAGUUUACCAGUUCCUCCUAGCCCAGCAUUUGCAAACUGGGACGGCGAGUUGCAGGAGUUGGCGGAGGACGCAAAGCCCGAUUUGGAGAAGAUUGUGCUACAAGGAUCUGGCGCUCUUCCCAAGUGUUGUGCAAGCUCUUUGCCGAAGAUACAGGAAUUUCUCCAGCAACCUUAUGCUUCUGAAGCAAGAACAUGGCGGGCCGUCUUCGCAAGACCACCCCCGCGUGCAGUGGUACAGGCUUGUCUCCGCAGCCUGACUACAGGCAGAGGGGCUCCCAAAGGGACCCAGACCAAGCUUGAAGCAAAUCGAUUGCAUGAAACAAUGCAGCGGUGGAAUUACCGUUCCAAGAAGGAAUUCAGGACGGAAGCUCGGAGAAUUUUGCGGUGGUGGUCCCAACCUGUGCGGAGGGCACCCGUCUUUCGCAAACGGAUUUUCCGAGAUGGGCAGAAAAGGUAUUGGGCCCGUCCGAGUACCGUGGUUACUAAAAAGGUGCGUGGCCAUUUCAAGAAGAUGACGAAGAAGCUUCGUAUUGAAGGCUUCUUCAAAUGGCAGCAGGCAGCCUUAGGAACCUUAGAAGCACAGAUUCCUGUUCAAUCAGGAACCAUUCCUGUCGAAAGGUUUUGGUCGACUUUGUUGACGUACGUGCCCGAAUCUGCUCAAUACAUCAGUUUGAAGUGGUACCAAGUCCUGGCAUCAUUGGCGUUCAUCAAGUUCAACUUCCAGCAUUUUGCUAGAACUUCCUUGGCAGGCGUCUCCGAGGAGGACGCCGACAUCCAGUCCAAAAUAGACACCGCCAUGAUGUUGGCUCGGGCCCUACAUGAAAGCGAGACAGUUUGGACUGCCACUCAUUUGCAGCCUGUCUUCGAUCCUUUCCGGGAGUCAUGCACUUAG